AAUUGUUAACUAAGCCCAAUGUUUAUUGGGUACCUUGUUCGAAUUCGCCUUGAACACAGCCAUACACAAACGACAAGAGGCAGACGGUGUGGGAUUCGUAUAUAAAUUUGUAUUUUAUUGAUUAGAAAACUAGAACAUGAUAAAUAAAUUAGAGUUUAAUAACUUGGUAAUCACCAAUAAGAAAAAAAUACAAAAGAUAAAGACUCAGACUAUUCAAAAAUUAGUACAAAAAAUUAAGAAACUCAAAUAUAUACUUGAGAAAAAGCCAGAAUAUGAAAAAAAUAAAGAGCGCUUCCGCAAAGCCACAUUGUGUUUGGAGGAGUUAAAGAAGUUGAAAUGCAUCGAUUUGAUGAAACGUGUCUUGGUAUUAGAAAAGAGUCCCUCUGCUAUUUUAACAAAUGGACUAUGUUCACCCGAAGAGAUGGCCGUGGCAAUGGUUGCGGUCAAUAAGCUCAUGCACGAUCUAGUGAAUGUUUUAAAAGAAAACUUGGGGCUUACUGACGAAAACAAUGCAUGGAAGAAAGAGCUGAUGCAAGCUAGCAAAAGGCGUGUUAAAAUCUUACGGACGGAGCAGAAGCGCAAAAAUCGACAAAAUUUAAAAGCACAGAAGAUUAUAGCUUGCAAACGCUUGGAGUGGUUAAAAAAUCAAAACUGCGAACAGAGCGAAGUUAAUGGGGAUGAAAAUAAUGUUUCGACAGGCUUACAACACGACGAGGGUGCUAAUAUAUCAACUCUGGGUUAUUGGAAGAUAGAGCCUAUCAAUGACGAGAGCAGUAAGAAGUCGGAAAAAGGAAAGACUAAUUACAAGGAAACCAGGGCAGAAGAAAAAGCUGUAAAAAAGAGGGACAAACCGGAGGCAAGUAAUAGAAACAUCUUGAAAACCACCACAAAAACUUCGGACCAACUAAAGAGUAACAAUACGAGAAAGCAGGAUUUAGAAAGAAACGUCAUUGAACCAACAAAAAAUAUGCUUAUAAGUUUCGAUUCAAAUUUAGAAGACGAGAAGGUCCCAGAAUCACUCAAAGAAGAAAUUACUCACGUGGUCGAUCCAUUCUUCAUUACAGCUAGUGGUGAAAAUUAUCGAUCUACAGCGGUUGUUGUUCGAAAUGGUCAAGUCUUAGAUUCUCAAACAAAUAAAGCUAAUGAUAAUGCACGCAAGAGGCCAGUCGAAAACUACACGACACGUGAAAACCGCUCCAAUGUUAGAAUACAUAAUAAAGACGUUCAGGAUAAAAGCCGCCAAAGUACUGGAAAGAAAAACAAUUCAGAAGGGUUACAUCCUUCCUGGGAAGCAAAACAGAAACUUAAACCAGUGAUAGGUAGUUUUCAGGGCAAGAAGAUAAAGUUCGACGAUGUCGAUAACAUUGACCUUGAAGAAAGAAGGGAUGAAGAAGUCGGGCCGAAAAAUAACUUCGCACUAAAUAAAAGUACCAAGUCCACGGCAAAUGACAAGGACUUACACCCUUCCUGGGCGGCAAAACAAAAAUUUAAACCAGUAAUCACCGAUUUUAAAGGAAAGAAAAUAGUUUUCGGAGAUGAAGUCCACGAAGAAAUCAAGACACAGGAACCUUAUAAAGUUGCUGCACCACCGAAAAAUGCUAAAAGGUUGAAUACAACAGAUACACUGCAUCCUUCAUGGAUAGCGAAACAGAAGCUAAAGCCUGCCAUAGCCACUUUUCAGGGUAAAAAAAUCACGUUCAAUGAUGACGAUUAGUUGUAGCGGUGUGAGGGCCUCCCAGAGUUUAAAAGAUAUCCAGGUCGAGGGACAGCCCAUGGCCAGAUAUAAAUCUGGGACAUUACGUUGCGAUGAUGGACAUAUAUAUACCUGACUCAUAUGGGAACGCAAUCCUCAUGUCUCCUGUUGGUACUAGAUAAAAUACACUUUUCUUAUUUAUACAAAACAUUUUAUUAUUUCGUUACAACUUAUUCAGACAUCGACCUUAGGCACAGAGUGUCCACGAGUUUUAUCAUCUCUCAACAACUUAUCAAUGUCCACAUCUGGAUACUUACGCCGCAACAUAUGGACAUCUAUGUUCGGGUUACGUCGU